GGGACGCAGCGAUGGCGGCUGCGGUGGUGGCGGCCCCCGAAGUACUUCGGGAAUGCGGCUGUAAGGGCAUCCGGACCUGUCUGAUCUGCGAGCGGCAGCGGGGAGGUGACCCGCCCUGGCAGCACUCCCCACAGAAAACACAUCGUUUCAUUUACUACUCGGACACUGGCUGGGCUGUGGGGGCUGAGGAGUCCGACUUUGAAGGCUGGGCCUUCCCCUUCCCUGGCGUGACACUGAUAGAGGACUUCGUGACCCGCGAGGAGGAAGCUGAGAUGGUGCAGCUGAUGGACCGUGAGCCGUGGAAACGCUCACAGUCUGGACGCAGGAAGCAGGACUAUGGUCCCAAAGUCAACUUUCGGAAACGAAAGCUCAAGACUGCCGGCUUCCAAGGCCUCCCCAGCUUCAGCCGGGAGGUAGUGCGGAGAAUGGGCCUCUACCCCGUCCUGGAGGACUUCCGGCCCGUGGAGCAGUGCAACCUGGACUACUGCCCAGAACGGGGCUCAGCCAUCGAUCCCCACCUGGAUGACACCUGGCUGUGGGGGGAGCGGCUAGUGAGCCUCAACCUCCUGUCCCCCACCGUGCUGUCCAUGUCCCGGGAGGCGCCCGGCAGCCUACUGCUCUGCCUGGCCCCAUCCGGCUUCCCGGAAGCUCUGGAAGGCGCGAUGGCCCCUAGUAGGUCCGUCCUGUGCCAGGAGGUGGAGGUGGCCGUCCCCUUACCCCGCCGCUCUCUGCUUGUGCUCACCGGAGCCGCACGGCACCAGUGGAAGCAUGCCAUCCACCGCAGACACGUCGAGGCUCGCCGUGUGUGUGCCACCUUCAGGGAGCUGUCGGCCGAAUUCUGUCCUGGUGGGAGGCAGCAAGAACUUGGGCAGGAGCUCCUGCAAAUCUCUCUCUCCUUUCAGGGGAGACCCAAUUGAGCCGCCUUCCUGGGGACAGGAGCUGGGAUGCCGGCUCCAGACUUGACCCUUUGCCAGGCUUGAAGGGGGAGCCCAGCACAAGGGUCUUCCUUCCCAGCUCAUUAGGUUUUUCAGAGAAGACUGCUGACACCCUGACGCCAUGGCAGCGUGAGCCCUGCCGGGAACUGGUUUGAUGGGGAUGUGUCUCAGGUCAGUCCUCUGAGCUGCACUAUGGCCACUUGUUUGGGUUAAUUUGUCACAGUUUGACGAAGUGGCAUAAUUUGAGUUUUAAAAACUUUGGAAUCACUUAAAACCAUUUUCUCCUUUA